CUGCCCUUGAUCUGCACAAACAUGAGCCCAAAAAACGUUGUUUUCAAGAAGAUUUGUAAAGACAAGUCGGUUGGAGUCUACAUGGGGAAAAGAGACUUUGUGGACCGUGUGGACUCUGUGGAUCCAGUUGAUGGCGUCAUCAUCAUUGAUCCAGAGUCUCUGCAGGGAAGGAAAGUUUUCGUCACCCUGUCGUGCACCUUUCGAUACGGCCGAGACGACAUGGACGUGAUGGGAAUCGCCUUCCGCAGAGAGCUCUACCUGUCGACUCGCCAGGUGUACCCGCCUCUGCAGGACCGAGAGAAGUCAGUCCACACCAGGAUGCAGGCCAAACUUCUGCGCAAGCUUGGAGACAACGCCUAUCCGUUCUUCUUUGAGUUUCCUGAUAACCUGCCUUGCUCAGUGGCUCUGCAGCCAGCGCCCCAUGACGUUGGCAAGCAAUGUGCCGUGGAGUUUGAGAUCAAGGCGUUCAGCGCUGAGAGCCAUGACGCCAAAGUACAGAGACGGAGCACAGUGAAGCUGCUGCUCAGGAAGGUCCAGUACGCUCCAGAGAGCCCGGGCAUGGCUCCAUCUGUGGAAACCACCAAGGAAUUUGUUAUGUCUGAUAAACCGCUGCACGUCAAGGCCAGUCUGGACAAAGAGCUGUACUACCACGGCGAACCAAUCCAAGUGCACGUCUGUGUGACAAACAGCUCCAGCAAGACCAUCAAGAACAUCAUCAUCUCUGUGGAUCAGAUCUCCAACGUGGUGUUGUACUCCAACGACAGCUACACCAAAUCUGUGGCCAUCGAGGAGCCUGGGGAUUCAGUCCCUCCUGGGGCGACCCUGCAGAAAGUCUACACUCUGCUGCCCCUGCUGGCCAACAACAGGGAGCGACGGGGCAUCGCUCUGGAUGGUAAACUGAAGCAUGAAGACACCAACCUGGCAUCCUCCACAAUUGUAAAGGACGGCGUGCUGAAGGAGGUGAUGGGGAUUAUAGUUUCCUACAGGAUCCUGGUCAAGCUCGUCGUCGGAGGGAUGAUGGGAUCAAGCGAUGUCGACUUGGAGGUUCCCUUCAAACUGAUGCAUCCUAAACCUGAUGCAGUGAAGGAGAGUGAGAUGGAGGAGGAAAUGGAGUUCCAGGAGUUCAAACGCGCCUACCUGAAGGGGAUGAUCGUGGACGACGAUGAUGAAGAUGGAAACGCAUCGGGCGGCGAGGAAAUGGCGCCAAAAGAAAAAUAGAGAAGACAAAAGACAGCUGGGAGUUGAGCCACCUCAUAAUUUGUGCUAGAGAGUUAUUUCAAGGACCAUACAGUGGUUUUGCAUAUUUUACACUGCACUGAGCACUCAAUCGCUCCUGACAAGAAGGAAAAAUGCUCCCAAAGAGAAUGGAAACAAGUCCCCUGAUAUGAUCAGUGUUUUUUUUUGUUGACUUUUUGGUUAAAACUGAGCAAAAGCAAAUCAUUCCAUUAGUCAUGCUUACAUUUUAUGUCACUCACACCUUCUGGCAUUUCACAAGUCACACCUAGACACACCAAUGCAUAUAAGUUUGCAGGGCUAUCAAUGGCAUAGGCCACUGUGGUGGAGCAUGGCUGGAUGCAUGAACAUAAACCAGGCUUAAGACAGUCUGCAAAUCAGCAGUAGUCACUGAUAGUCACAUGACUGUCUUUUUUUCAUCAUGUUUGCAGUUUCCAAGACUGUAAAUAAAGACUUCAUUUCUUAUUACACCACAUUUUCACCAUUCAGUGUGGCUGUAACAACAACUGUAUUUGUGCAGCCCUUUUAUGCAUCACCGCUGACAUGGUCCUUGAAUAGAGUGAAUAUUGACAAUAUUGUACCCUUGUGACUUAA